AAAUAAUAGAAAAUAUAAUUAAAUAUAAUGAUCUAACCUAGACUAUUUGUAAGUAGAUAAAAAUUGUUUCUGUUUUAAUAGUAUUGAUUUUUACAAGAAACUUAAUCCUAGCAGAAAUCAUUUUCCAAAGGCCCAUAAGGCCAUAACAUGUGGUGUUAGUUUGGAACCGUCUCGACCCUGACCGGACCCAACCCGUUCCCAGAAUUUGGAUUGUCCCACGAACUUGUGGGGGCUAAAAUUGAGAACUGGUAAACAAUAGUGGUUUAACAAAAGUUUAGGAAGCGUUAUUAAUUUCCCCCCUAAAGAAAGAACAAAUUAAAGUUUUACCGUUAUUUUAAAAAGAAAUUGCCUUCGUUCCCUCAAAAAUUCAAAUUUCAAAAACGUCCUUUCUCUCUUCUUUCCUCUUUUAACACUGCUAACUUUUGUCAACAUCAUUCCCAUUCACACAACCAAAUCCACGGACCAGUCUUUCCCCAACAGCUUCCAAAGUUUUGAUUUUUGUAAGAACCAACGAGCCAAAGUUUCGAUUUUGAUCAGAUGGGCGGGUCAGGAAACUGGAUCAAGUCACUAUUAUCUCACAGAAAACACGUUGAUGAUCAUCAGCAGGAGAAGUUAAGCAGCAAGAAGAAGUGGAAGCUGUGGAGGCUUUCAUCUGAGAGCUUCACAUCUUCCUCCUCCUCCUCCAAGGAGUGUUUUCUCAACCGCCGUGGAAGCUACGGACUUUCUUCUCUAGGCUCAGAGCCACCGUCCUUCUCUGCCGACGAGGCUUUCGCUGUGGCAAUGGCAGCUCUCAUUCGAGCUCCUCCCAAGGAUUUCUUGUUGGUUAAGAGAGAAUGGGCUUCCACAAGAAUCCAAGCUGCCUUUCGUGCUUUCCUGGCAAGACAGGCGUUUAGAGCUUUGAAGGCUGUAGUGAGAAUCCAGGCGAUAUUUCGUGGUAGACAAGUUAGGAAACAAGCAGCUGUUACACUCAGGUGUAUGCAAGCUCUUGUUCGUGUUCAGUCUCGUGUAAGAGCUCAUCGCAGAGCGCCUUCUGACUCAACUGAACUUAAAGAUCCUGCAAAGCAGAGCGAGAGUUGGUGUGGUAGCCCGAGAAGUAUCAAGGAAGUGAAAACAAAGUUACAAAUGAAGCAAGAAGGAGCUAUUAAGAGGGAGAGAGCUAUGGUGUAUGCUCUCACACAUCAGUCGAGGGCGUGUCCAAGUCCAAACGCAAGAUCUAUUAAGAAUCAUGGUUUGCGCAAGAGUGGUCCUGGUUGGAACUGGUCUGAGAAAUGCAGUGACAGCAGCGUAUCGUCUGAACACGAGACUGUAAAAGUCAGGAAGAACAAUCUUACUUCAACUCGAGUUCUUGCUAGACCACCCCAUCUUCUUCUUCCUCAGGUUUUGUCUGGCACGAGUUCAGAUUCUUUACAUGACGAGACAUCAACCUCGUCAACAUCUCAAUCACCAGUUGCAUUCUCCGGCAGGGGACUUGAAAGUGGCGGGUAUUAUCGGAAGCCGAGCUACAUGAGCCUGACACAAUCUACUCAAGCCAAGCAGAGAGGAUCAGGAUCAUCUUCCAAUGGUGAUGCAAGAAGCAGUGCUGGUUCAGACCAGUGUAGUGAUCUAUACCCGCCAGAGAUAAUGACUGGAAGACAUCUCUGGGCUAAGAGCCAGCGAAGCUAAAGAAACGAGUUAUGUUUGGUUCUUUUCAAGUCAGUUUCAACAGCCUGUUGGCUUCUCUUUGUCUUGUUUCAGGAACGGUUCCUGUGAAACAUAUACACGAAUUAUAUAGAUACAGAAACAGCUUCUGUUUACCCUUUACAUAUAAGGGUAUUGAUGUGAGUUAUUUGAGCUUGUAGUGUUUGGCUACUUAAGCCACUUCUCAGUAACUUGGAAUCUGAGUCGAUUUUGUUCCUAAUUGUUUGUUUAAACCUUCACUAUGAAUGCAUUUCAACUUUUA